AUGACAACGACACACAAGCACAAUAAUAAACCUUCACAGAAGGUCAAAAGUAAAAUUAUAAAAAUUAAAAAUGUUGACUUUUGUCACUUGGAUAACGUUCGUAAAUUCUUCCUGCGAACUGGGAAAAAAGAUUAUCCGACAAACUGCUGGACGAGAGGAAGAGUAUUCGGGAAGAAGAGUAAUAUACUCCGUAAAGAAAUUGGAGAGAAUGUCGCUGUCAUUGAAUUGACCCUGCCAAAACUCCUAUUCUGGUCUACUGCUGCGCAAGAGGAAUAUCCGGGUACUGCUGCGCAAGAGGAGUAUCCCGGGUACUUCUGGGCAAGAGGAGUAUCUGGGUACUUCUGGGCAAGAGGACCGCCUGGAUACUGUUGGGCAAAAGUGGUGCCCGGCCCGCUGAGGAUGGACUAG